AACGAGAGCAAAACACCAAACAUCUCGACAAUGGGUAACGACGGUGGAUCAAUCCCCAAACGCUCCGAGCUCGUCUCCGCGAACAAGAAACCCUCCGCCCGUGACGAAGCAGACCGUGCACAAGCCCAACAAGAAGCAUUCUGGAAGUCCUGCACACUAUCCAAAAAGACGCUCGAGGAUCCAAUAGUAUCGUGUGCCUUUGGACGACUGUACAACAAGGACGCGAUACUGCAGUACCUGAUCUCACCAGAAACGUAUGGGGACGCGGAUGAGUUGGUACCGCAUAUCAGCAGUCUCAAAGACGUCGUCGAGUUGGAAUUCACGAAAGCGAAGAAUGAAGAGGGAAAGGAGGCUUGGAUUUGUCCGGUGACCAGGAAGGAGGUCAAAGGUGCGGGAGGCAAGUUCGUCUACCUGAGUGUAUGCGGACACGUCUUCUCAGAUCAGGCAAUCUCGAAUAUUGAGGAGAAGGUGUGUUUGGAGUGUGCGGCGGCAUAUGAUUCGAAGAUGGAUGUCAUCGUGAUCAACCCAGUCAAGGAGGCGGAUAUCGGGGCGGCGAAGGAGCGGAUGAAGACCCUGGCUGAGAAAGGCAUCACACACUCCGGCAAAGCUGCCAAGAAAUCCAAGAAGCGGAAAGCAGCGGCGGUAGCAGAGCCGGCCCCGGCACCAUCUGCAGAUGUCCCGGAGUUUGCUACGAAGAUUGCGGCGAAGUUGAAGGAGGACGGACAUCUGAAUAAGAAAUCGAUGAGUGCGGCAGUGAAGAGUUUAUAUAGGGAUAAGAAUGACAAAGAUGAGGGGUCGAAUUGGAUUUCGAAGGGGACGUUUAAUCGGAGUGUUGCGUGAGGGCAUGCUGUUUUCUCACGGGGCAUGCGGGUUGCAAGCUCUGUCUCGUAGGGCCCAGUGCUCGUGCGCGGCGAAAGGCGUGGCCAUCCGAUCUACUAUUG